CCGCUAUUAACAUGCACAGCGAGCCCGUGCCAAGAGCGAGUAGUUCGGCAUCUCUUCUGGCAGGCUGGCCAUUUCCCGGGCCACACACUCCCAGCCCCCAACCCGUUCCUUCUCCCUCUCCCCACUCCCCUCUCCCUGACGGUGUGACCCCCUUUUUUCCUCCCCUCUUGCCUCGCCCCUCCUUCCCAGCUGGUCCCUCCUCCCUCUUGCUCUGAAUCUGCCGGCUGUGCUUUUCCUCGCAGUCACUGGGAGAUGUGACAGCCUUUGGGAUUGUAUUAUCUAUGAAAAAGCUAUAUCCGGAGUUGAAAAAAUCUUGACGUGGCUCCCGGGCAGCAGGGAUGGAUCGUGGAGAGAAUUUCAGUCUCGAGCGCCUUUUCCUUUAUGGCAGGGACUGAUUAUUUCCGCUGGUGGCUGUUCUCUCAGUACAGAUAGAGCUAAAGAAUAGACAGGAAUCUCUGGGGAACUUUGGAGAAGUGGAAGCAUGAGUGACCUAUAGCAAAAAGGAAGAAGCCAAAAGUGUUAUGAACUGCCCUCUGCUUGACCAUUCCAACUGGUCAUUAGAAGAAUUAAUAACUAAGAAUUGGCACGAUGUUCCGCAAGAAAAAGAAGAAACGCCCCGAGAUCUCUGCUCCACAGAACUUUGAGCACCGUGUGCAUACCUCGUUUGAUCCAAAGGAGGGAAAAUUUAUUGGCCUGCCUCUGCAAUGGCAGAAUAUCUUGGACACUCUGAGGCGGCCCAAACCCGUCGUAGACCCUUCAAGGAUCACCCGGGUGCAGCUUCAGCCUAUGAAGACGGUUGUGAGAGCCAGUACAUUUGAAGUGGAAGGAUAUAUCUCUGGGAUACUCAAUGACAUCCAGAAGCUUUCCCUCAUCAGUUCAAAUACCCUGAGGGGGAAAAGUCCCACGAGCAGGAGAAGAGCGCAGUCGCUGGGGCUUCUGGGAGAAGAUGGACCCACUGACAUGUACCUACAGUGUGCGGAACCAGACUGGGCAGACAAAUAUGGAAACUACCUCAACUGCAAUGGCGGGAGCAAGUCCUCGAGACGGCAGACUUUAUGGCCAGAUUAUAAACCUGCAUUGGACGGACAGGCUCACUCCAAUGGCCUCGUGAUGAAAGCGCAGUCUCUUGGCCCUUCAGAAUUCCAGGGCGCAAACAGCCGCUUUAUCCCACUCUCCUCAGGUUUUCAGCGCCAGCAAUACAUCCCGGUUCCUGAGGCAAACAGUGAAGAUGCUGGAAGGGGAUGGAGCUCCGAAGAGCACUACGCUCAGCCUAGCCAGGGGAGCCAAGCUAAUUCGAGGCCGCCCGGGGAAGGCAGUCCUGGCUCCAAAUCGAGAGACAACAGCUUGAAGAGGAGGCUCUUGAGAAGCGUGUUCCCCUCGUCCAGCGCCUCAAACAAGAUCGGAAACAGCCAAACACAGAUAAAGCCCAGUCCUUUCUACCGACCGCCACAGCACUGGGGUUCACCGCACAGCCCUGCUGCCAAGUCCCAGUCCCUUCCCUCGGACCAGCCAGCGCCAGAGUAUGCUCGGAUUUCAGAAGCUGGGACCCCUCAGAAAUCCCCGACCACAGAGACUGCAGCGGCCCUGCCUCCAGGCCGGCCGUCGCCCGCGGGGUCCCCCCGGAACAGACACACCCAAACCAGCUCCAGCAACCUCCACCUUCCCUUGGACUCGAAAGCCCAGCCAUCCAGCGAGGAUCCAGUUGUCGUCACUCACGAGCAGUUCAAAGCUGCUUUGAGGAUGGUGGUGGACCAAGGCGACCCCAGGACGAUGCUGGAAAACUAUGUUAAGAUUGGGGAGGGGUCUACAGGUAUUGUCUGCAUUGCACGUGAGAAGCAUUCUGGACGGCAGGUGGCAGUGAAGAUGAUGGACUUGCGGAAGCAGCAGCGACGAGAGCUCCUUUUCAAUGAGGUGGUGAUAAUGAGAGACUACCAACAUGACAAUGUGGUGGAGAUGUACAAAAGCUAUCUGGUUGGUGAUGAGCUCUGGGUGCUGAUGGAAUUUCUCCAGGGAGGAGCCCUCACGGAUAUUCUGUCCCAAAUCAGGCUGAAUGAAGAGCAAAUUGCUACAGUGUGUGAGUCAGUCCUGCAGGCACUGGCUUACCUGCAUUCCGAAGGUGUGAUUCACAGAGACAUUAAGAGUGACUCCAUUCUCCUGACCCUUGAUGGAAGGGUGAAACUCUCCGACUUUGGCUUCUGUGCUCAAAUCAGUAAGGACGUCCCCAAAAGGAAGUCCUUAGUGGGGACACCGUACUGGAUGGCUCCGGAAGUUAUUUCAAGGUCUCCAUACACCACAGAGGUAGACAUCUGGUCUUUGGGAAUCAUGGUGAUCGAGAUGGUGGAUGGAGAACCCCCUUAUUUCAGCGAUUCUCCAGUCCAAGCAAUGAAGAGGCUCCGUGACAGCCCUCCUCCCAAAAUAAAGAAUUCUCAUAAGACGUCUCCAGUUUUAAGAGACUUCUUGGAACGGAUGUUAACACGAGACCCGUUAGAGCGAGCAACAGCCCAAGAACUCCUUGAUCACCCCUUUUUGCUUCAGACGGGACUUCCAGAGUGCCUGGUGCCCCUUAUUCAGCGGUAUAGGAAACGGACCUCCACCUGCUGACCCCAAACUUAAGAAGCACCUAGUAUAUCAUAGCAUUCGAAUGCAGUCUUUCUCUCGGAGUUACCAGAUCAAGGGCAGCCUGGCCCCGCAAACAUGGCUUGGAACUUGUCAGCGUCCUUUCCGAGAAUGCGAGAGGGAAUUUUCACCAUCUUGAGCUGCUUUUUAAUGUUUACCUUUUUCUCUUUUUCAUUGCUGAAGACAAUCAAAAGCUGGACUCCUACAAGUCUUAAUAUAUAUAUUGUGAAGCUUCUGGGAUAGUUCCUAUUUCAAGAGUAUGUUUGGUGUUUGUAAGAAGAUUCUCGCCACUUGAUUUGUACAUACCUGCAGACCUCCAGAGACUUCAUCUACUGACUGCGCUGGAACAACAUUCCUCUCGCAGGAUGGUAUUUGUUCUUUAAAACACAUUUGAAGGUAGACGUCCUUACUUUAACCUGAAAACAGGCUUCUCCAACUUGGUGCCCUUUAGAUGAUUUGGAUUGUGAUGGCUGGGGCUGAUGAGAGAUGGAGUCCAAAUCAUCUGGAUGGCAUAAGCUUGGCAAUGGGCUUCCCUAAAACAAUCAUCUCAUCUCAUGUAUGGGCUACUUGAUCCUGUUACAAAAGACUCGUUUACCUUGUUUCCUUUCAAAUCAUUUUUCCAGGACUUUCUUUCUUUCUACAGUUGGGACUAAUAUGGGGCCUAUGGCUUUUCAAACCUUAAGAAUGGUCUGUCAUUUCACAAUCUUACACCAGCUGGCAAGCAGCGCUUCAUGGCAGACAUUUCUCCAGAGAUGCUGGAACCUGAUGCUUGAAACUCCACGGCAUGUAAACAUAGUGCCUUCUCCAGUGAAGACUGGAAGUAGAAGGCAGCACAAGGGUUAUCCAGAUAAGAACUUCAGUUUGCU